AUGUUCUUACCUGGACGAUGCCAAGUGCUCUGGUCUGCUUACAUCUUGGCUACCCUGGUCAUCGCUUUUGCUUAUCAUGCUCAAGCAAAGUUUCUAAAAGCGGAUCUGAGAUGGCCGAUCUUUCGCAAAACCCAGGGCGACCUGCAAUCAAGCCUCACCGAUUUGUUGGUAUUCAGAGAGCCUGACAGCGACCCGGUGUUUGAGAAGGCUAUGCGUGUGGUCGACAAUCUCGCCACCCAAUCAACCUGCCAUCAAGCCGCUGCGGCUCAGCUGCUUCUUACUUGUAAAACUGUUGGCGUAGGUAUGACUCGAGAGCAAGGGAAACAUGAACUACUGGAGAGGGCUCAGUCAGUCUACGCCGUCAGAGUGGCUGUCUGUGAGACGGGCGAGGGUAGAGCAGCAGUUCCCUCCGCGUGCAAACCAAUUCUCGAAAUUCCUCAGAGGCUUGACCACGAGAUUGACGUGGUCAAUAGCAGAAUCUUGGCUUCAUGUCUCGAAGCGCUGAUCGCGGAACAUUACUACUGGACGAGCUACAGCAACAACAGACAAGAUGCCAACACUUUGUGUCAAGCCACCACCAUUGAAUCCACUAGAUUGGAAGCGCUUCAGUCCUAUCGAAAGCUCGCACAACUUCUUCCGGAGCUUCGUGCUGCGCUUGGUUCGACCCAGUCUCAGUGGCUGACUUUCCUGAGACAGCAGCAGGAAGAGAUCUGGCAUAUGAGCAAUCUUCGGCAGAAAAAUCAAGAUGAACGUCAAGCACUGCAUGAAGCCGAGCUUAGCAAUUUUCGCGACGCUGUGAAUAUGGCGAAAGAAGGCUUACACGACGUAUUGAAGACUCUGCAGCUGCGAAUGGCUAAUACGGACGAGGGCGUGGCCCAAUCUCGCGAGGCAACCGUGUUCUCUGAUUUUGCCAAACUUCGAGAGCUUCUGCACAAAGCAAUUGCAACUACUGGUGAGCAACAGGCUGAAGCAGCUGCCGCCCAAAUGCAGGAGAUGAACAAUGUUCACGAACUUGCCCUUGCGACCACAAAAGCUCUCAAAACCUUACAGGCAGGCGGAGUAGUCCAGGAUGUCAACGAGCUUCUUUAUCGUACAAGGCAUGGACUCGAUGAGAUUGCUGCGACACAGUCGGCACAAUUAGCGAGCAUGGAGAAUCAUCUGCAACUCAGUGGGCAACUCUCGGCAGCCCAGAAAGCCAACCUGGCCUUGAGCGGACAAAUCCAACAUUUCUCUGCUUCACUUACUUCUGAACUCGACACUGCAAGCGCUACGGCCGCGCGAGUUUCCAGUAAACUUGAAAGGGUCAACCAAGCGCUGACGCGCUUCGAAGCAGCGUCUGCUAUUCUCACCUCCCUUUUUGCCGUCAUCACUAUACCAUGCCAAAUUGUGGAGCGUCUUCAUUUGAGAUUGUUGGGACUGUUUGCCCUGCCGGCUUUACUGCUGUCGUUCUGGAAGCCGCGAAAACAUUCGUACAUAUUGACGGCUUUUUACGUAUUCCUCGAAAGCAUCAUAUCCUUGAUCGAAGAGCACCACGAUAAGGUAGUUGCUUCUUACCGGCACGUAAUCCAGCACACUCGAGCUACAAUAUUGACUUUCGCAUUCAACAUCUCCAGCACGCAGUUAGCGGUCGCCGCGUUAGCGACGGUCGUUGUCCUCUGCUGUUUCUUGUUGGGAGCGCCUCCUCCCCGGCCGCAGCCGAGAGGAGUUCUGCCUUUAAAAUCCAUCGAAGGAGAUGAGGACCUUACAAUUGCAGAGCGAUUUUACCUGGAAAACAGAGUCCGGAAUGGCAAAUGCUUAGGGCUUUCCAGAGACCGUUAUCGGCGAGCGGCGACGGUCUGCUAGGCUUCUACUCUGGAGAUCUCACAGAUGUCUUCCAUCUUUCGACCCUAUCAUCAUCAUUUACGCCCCAGCACGGUGGGCAUCAUGACUCUAUGACUCUAAGAUACCCGGAGAGUUUCAAGGACACGACGCGGUGAUUCACGUUAUUCGAGCUGGUGAGGCAUGGGGAUUUGUCUUGGUUUGAUACCCGUUUCUUAUUUGCACCGCUGCCAUGGUUCAGAGAAGCAGUUACGUUAGAGGCUAGGGAGGAAUGCCGUGGAUAGAUGCUACUGGUUUUAUAUCGGGGUGG